AUGGCGAAGAAAAGUUAUGACUACCUUUUCAAGUUACUCCUUAUAGGGGAUUCAGGCGUCGGAAAGACCUGCAUUUUAUUCCGCUUCUCCGACGAUGCGUUUAACACGACGUUUAUCUCGACGAUAGGUGAGAGAAAGCGAUUGUGUUGUGCUAUUUACCUAGUAAAUGUUAGAAUAUGUGAGCUCUGAUCGAGUUAGAAUUUCGCUCUGCAAAUGCAAGCAUUUUAAAGUCAGCCGUCGACUUUUUACUGUGUGGUGUGGUAAUGCAGCCCAUCCACCUAACCGCCGCACCAUAAAGAAAUUUAAAUUUGUCGGAAACGAACCAUGGCAGUUUCGUUUAAAUAUUUAGAGAAUGAAGUUUGCCAUAAUUUCAUCCCGCUGUGUUAUGCAUGUCGUGUCCAAUCGUAGAUAGAUAGACAUCACCUUACCUGAGCCUAAUACACAGAGUAUGAUGAAACCCAAAUAUUGCCACUGAAGUUCACAAUUUCGCAUUACUACACAACGUCAAUUCGAGGAUGUAAUUAACGCACUUGGCCAACCUUUCACAAAAUGAUGAUUGCAACAUUUUCGAGUCCAAAAGAUCAUUACUAUUUUGAGGCUCGUUUGCAAAUUCCUAAAAUUUGCACUUCGAUUUCCAAAGAUGGGCUUUGUUUACUCAAUAGUAGCAUAAAUUUCGGAAUUCGUUAGUUUUUGUUACAAGUCUUGUCAAAAUCUUUUCCGGAUUUAUCAGCUGUUUGUGACUAAGUAGGAGGGUUUUUGACCAAAUUACACUAAUUAUGUUUUUAUGCUGUUUUUGUAAAAUAGAAUUGUUAGAUGGUCAUUCAUUUUAACUUGAACAUUCUUUGUGUAAACUUGUCUGUAAAAGGCUUGUGUUUCUACUUUUUUUUGACUACUACUUAAAAUUAUUCAAUUAUUCAAUUUCAAUACAUCUAAGCUGUUAUCCAAGUCAUCAGUUGAAUGAAUUGCCCCCUGCUUGCAAAUAUUUUAUAAGAAUUUUGGUUAAAUUUGGUCAGUGACUGCACUGACUAACUGUUUAACUAGCUAGGAAGUCAUAUAAGAAGAAGCUUUUGAAAAUAUUUUGACCAAGCAUGAGUCAUGGGUUGCUUGUGUAGUAAGUGAGCCAACGUUCAAAGAUAAUAUUCCAGACAUAGUUGCCGGUAAUGGAUAGAAAUCGAUGUCACAAAUCAAUCGAUAUCAUCGAUAUUAAUCGAUUUAAUCCACUAAUUAAUAUUGAGUGAUAUCGGAAAUCGAUAGAAGUCGAAGUUACAGAAAAAAUAAUAAAUUAUUUAUUGAUUAUUAUCAAUUAACAAAAUUGAUAACAAUUGAUCCAAAUCAAUAACAAUCAAUUUCUAUCGGAAACUAAUAUUUUAAUUGAAGUCACAACUUUUUUUCUUUAUCGAUUUCUAUCCAUUGAUUUCAGAAAUCUAUAUUCAUUGAUGAUUGAUAUUGAUUUAUCGAUUAUUGGUUUAUCGAUUAACUACAUCUGAUUUGAAAGGAGAUAGCCUUUGAAUGUCACUUUGAUGUAAAUUUGUUUGUAAGUCAUAUCUUCAAUUUCGUUUUGGAUACACAAGUUUCUGAUCAAAUGCCCAGCUUUAAACCUUUAACUGGCAAAUCUUGGGGGGAAAUUUUAUCGCUGCAGCUGCCUUUUGAAAAGUAUGCUAAAGACUUCUAUACUGUCAUGAAAGAUAUUACUAUACUAUAACUCCUAGGGCUAUUAACUAUGUAUCAAAAUGUUUGUCAUAGAAUGCUCUUCUAAAUACAGCAAUAAAAUAUGAAACAGGAUUUAUUGUCAAUAUUUUACCAAAUUGUUUCCAAUUUCAACUCUCUGAGGGCACUCCACUUCCAAAGUUGCUUCAAUCUAGAUUGAAUCGAGUAAAUCGCCAUCGUGAGUAAUAAGAACUUAAUUUCCUUUGCUUGAAGAUAUAUCUUCAGAGUUAAAAACAACAACAACACACUAACAGAUAGUUAUGAUUUGAAUAGCACCUACCCACAAAUAGUGAAAAAAACUAAUUUACAAGAAACGAUCUGUUGUGAAGUCAUGACGUAUGCUAGUUGUUCAUGAUUGUAGCAAACAAAAAUCGUGCGGUCUAAAUUGGCCUUUAGGAUUACCGGAACUUGGCGGCCAAGUGUUUUUCGCCACCCACACACAAAUUUAAGUUUCUACAGAAAAAUAAGUUCAAGAUUUCCUUUUUAAUCCAACAGAUUUUGUUCACUUGAAACAGACAAUAGGGCCAUUUAUAUGAGAGCAAAUAAGCCAUGGCUUACCCAAGAUGCUAACACCCUGAAUAAAUGGUUCAAAAUCUGCAUUCACGGCUUAUUCAAUAUAUGGCUAGCCCAAGCCACAGCUUAUUCUGAUCUAAAAGCUUUGGGUUACAUUGUUUUUGGCUUGCUGAAGCCAUGAGCAUCUGCUGGGUAUGUGCUGUGCUGUUUUCAUUUUUGAUGUUGUGGCCCAGACAUCUUUACUUGUGCUCCCAUCACUGUCAAUUAACUAAUUAUAGAGCACAAAAUUAAUUUUUGUUUGGAACACGUCCUCCAGUGGAAUGGUUCCUAGAUAUUUGCGUCACUACAGGAUUUGGGUUAAGUAAUUCAUUUCCCAUUUUUUUUUCUCUAGGUAUCGACUUUAAGAUUAAAACUAUUGAGCUUCAAGGAAAGAAGAUUAAGCUGCAGAUAUGGUAAGCUAAUUUCACUUGAGUUGUGUAUGUAUGAAAAAUUGUUCAGUCUAAAAAUGCUAUGAAAUGUUCUCAUUCUGGUUCAACAUAACUGGACAAGCAACUUUGCUUUUUGAUUCUAAGUCAACAAAAACUAAAAUGACAAAGAAAACUGAACUUUACUCCAUGAAACUAACCUUGGCACAUAAACUCUUUCAAGACAGUCAACCUUUGGACUGAGCACUAAGAGUACAUUUUAGAGAGGUAUUUACCCUACUCAGAAGUCUUGAAUUAAAACUAAAUUUAAGAAGUUCUACCCCUCAGAUUCCAAGUUUGCCCAUUGCUUGUUUUCUUAGUAGACCCCUUGUACUGUAGUUGCAAGCAUGUUGUUGUUUAAGAAUUUUAUACAUUACUGAUCACUGUGUCCAUAUGAUAUAUAUAAUUUGUUUUAUACGUGUUGAUGUAGAUUAGGUUAGUUUAAUUUGUAAACUCAAUAGCUAUCGUGUUUAAAUAAAGAUUAUGUAUGUACGUAGAAUGUGCAUGUGAACCUUACUUGCCCUGUGUUGAAAAGACAUCUACAUCCACAUCUACUUCAUUACUCUUCAACACUUUACACAUGUAUCAAGAAGAGUUAAGAAAUAAGAAUAAAAAUAUAAAUGAAAAAAUUAAAAUAAAACAUAUAGUAUUAAGGAAUUGCUAUACUUAAAACAAAACUUAAAAUCAUCGAUUUUGCUGCACAAAAUGCUGAAUAAUUAAGUGAUCUGGUUUCAGGUAAUAAACAAUGUUGUUGCUCUUCUAGGGAUACAGCUGGCCAAGAGCGCUUCCACACAAUAACAACAUCAUAUUAUAGAGGAGCGAUGGUGAGUGGAAUUAUUUACUUUUUGAGAUAUAAACAAGCAUUUAACUCUAUCUUUUUAACAUCAUAUUAUAGAAGAGCAAUGGUAAGUGAAAGCAACUUUGUGAGUUAUUUUAACCUCACCUUUUCAACAGAAGCAAGAAGUUAUUCUAAAGACAAUGGAAAAGGACUGUUGUAGUAGUUCAUUGGAGUUGUCACACCUUAGCAUUAAUAUGAUGCAACAUUGCACCAUUACUUAUAAUAGGAGCUACAUGUAGCUAGAAGGACUAAUGCUAAGUUAUUAAGCACAUGAUACUUAAUGCAGUUCUAAUUAAGCAUCAGUCUGAGUUUUUUUGAUAUUUGCAGGGCAUUAUGCUUGUGUACGAUAUAACCCAAGAGAAGACAUUUGACAACAUUUCAAAGUGGCUACGGAACAUUGAAGAGGUACUUUCCGUUUUUGUUGUGAAUGAAAAUCACUUUUCCACAUACCGCACUUACUAAAAUGAUUCACUGGAGUCUACUACAAUAAUCACCAAGGAAAAUUGUAUUGUUGCAUAAAAUUUCUUUUCAUCCCCUUUGAAGGUUUUGUAUCUUUGAACACUCAGUAUUGUGAGAAGUUCCAGUUAAACUUAACCUUCAUAGCUAGCUGUUUCGUUAAAGCAUCAUGAAAGAAAUUCCUCUUGAAGGCAAACAGGAGACUGAAGAGGAGGAGGAAGAGAGAGAUUUUAAACUUCCUCUUGCAUGUUUUCCGUUCCUUCCUGCUUCCGAGGCUUGGGCUGUGUACCUCACUUGGAAAGUGUGCAUUAUUUUAUACACAUGUAACUUGUCCUUGUUGCAAUUUUUUUGUUUGAUCUUACAUGAAACUAUUUUAGACCUAAUUUAAACCGUUUUUAAACCCAAUGGAUUGACCUUCAAUAAUGUCAUUGUAAUUUUUUGCACUUUAUUUCAGCAUGCAAAUGAAGAUGUAGAAAAGAUGAUCCUCGGUAACAAAUGUGAUAUGGAUGAUAGAAGAGUUGUCAGCAAGGAGCGUGGUGAUCAGGUAGGUUCAAACUGGAAAAGAUUUCCAUGGUAACUCCCCCAAAUAAGAUGCAAAACUUGUUCACGAAUAGUUCUCCUCGCUUAAAGAGAACCAUGGCUUUUUCUGUCAAAAUGCAUGGUUCUGUUAUUAAAGUUUGCAAAGAAGUGGCAAACACAAUAAGAUUGUAUGAAACAUUAGCCUCUAUGUUUUUCAUUAGAAUAGUCAUGAUCAUCCAGGGCUGUCAUUAAGAGGCGGGGGCCGGGGAUUUCCCACCGCUACUAUGAACAUGGUCCCCGGUUAUUUUCAUAGGAAAAUAGAAGAAAAAUAGAACCAAAAGAAAUCCCUAGCUGUUUGAUUCCCUGCCUACUUGUUGUAUUUACCCGGCAACUUGAAAUCUUAGUGACAUCCCUGUCAUCAUUACAUACGGUGACAGACGAUAUCGCAUGGCGGCACAGAGAUUCAAAAUUUCUCUUUGAGUGUUGAAAAAUAUUAAUUUUCUUGAGUGAGCGCAGUGAUCAAAUGAAGUAUUUUUUUUAACACAAGAAGAGAAUUUUCGUAUCUCCAAGCAGCCGUGUAAUGUUCUAUUUGUUAUGUAAAGACCAAUGAAAUACCAAACCACUUCACUUAAAUAUGUCUUUGCUGCCGAAGGCCCAAUUUAUUAUGUAGCCGUAGCAAUGGUGAUCUUUUCAUGUGUGAAGAUAUCAUGUUUCCAUGCAAAAGCUCACGUGGUAUUUCAGUGGGAGAGCGCUGGUUUGUUGAGUGGGACGUCACAGCUUCAACCCCUGGCCAGACAAAUGCUCGGGGUUUUUAAAUAACUGAGAAGAAAGUGCUGCCUUUGUAAUGACGUCUGCGAACAGUUAAACUUUCUAGUCUUCUCAGAUAAGGAAGAAAAACUGUAGGUCCCAUCUCACAACACUUUCACUUAUCUGAUUCUUGUGGGACAUAAAAGAACCCACACGACUGUUCGAAAAGAGUGUGGUGUGGCCAACCUUUCCUGGACUAGGUGGGUUAUCUGUAAGGAGAGAUCAUAAUAGAGAGAUAACCUGAUGAUCCCCUUUAAGGUGCCAUAAUGGCUACCUGUAAACAGUGUACGUACUUUACAUGUAUGUAUAUUUGUGAAGAAAAAGGGUUUUGAUUGCUGGUUUCUUUGGUUCCUCUCCACCUUAGAUUGCCAGAGAGCAUGGCAUAAGGUUCUUGGAAACAAGUGCCAAAACCAACAUCAACAUCGAGCAAGCCUUUUACAACCUAGCUGAAGAUAUCCUUAAGAAACAAUUGACCAAGGACAAUGAGGAAACUUCUCAAAACAUUCACGUUAGCAAUACACAAGAGAAGAAAGGGGGUUGCUGUUAAGAAGAGUCAGGCAGCUUUUUUUGCUUAAUACUUUACUAGAAUGUACAGUCAAGUCCAUGUAAGGGGUUAGAUCCACCAAACAAUAUUGUUUAUUGUUUGUGCUUUUUUGUAAUGUGUUAACUAAGGACUGCAUUACAUGCACACACCCUUAGUGGAUGAUUUUAAAUGGUGGAUGUAGUUUCUUGCUGUGUUUGUAUUAAAAUUUGUGGUUACAGAACUGCCACUGGGUUUCACAUGUAUGAUGUUAGCCUGUCCACAGACCCUAUAUUUUCUCUUAAGAGAUCAUCGAGCACACCUAUGAAUUAAACACCGCUCAUAUUUGUGCUCCAUGCUUGCUGCUGCACACGAGCGAAGCAAUUGCACUCACCAAAUUGUAGGAGAAAAAGAAAGAAGAAAAACGUCUGUGAACAGGUUAGCUUAUGGCGAGCGUUCUGACUAGAUAGCAAUUGACUAAAAAAUGGAAUGUGAUCAUUAUUGAUGGUCCUUUUUAUCAUACUGUCCAAGAAGAUUGUCAAAUAAAACCUUUAAGCCUUAAUGUCAACACUGCAUACUGUUUUACAUUACUCUGAUGGGUAAGGAGGCGAAUUUGGUUGGAUAAAUUUCUCCUGACCUUUGAGUUUACGUGUAUUAACAGAAAGUUUAAACCUCAGGGCUUAAAGGGGUGAAGAUUUGUUUUCGUGCAAUACUUGUAGGUACAGCAGAAUUAAUCCCAUACCUUGACAUGCAUCUGUAGCCAAAUCACCAGGCUUACACCUAAGAUGCUUUAUUCUUUUUAAAGUAAUGUCAAGGACAUCGUAAGCCUUCGUGGCAGGUCUUUAAAGGAGAAGAGGUAGAGGGAAUUCGGGUGCGCGAGGAGAUGGCGGGGGGGAGGGUCUGAGCGUAGAAAACGGAGAAAACAAUACCGUCGUUGCAGACGUUCGCUUUUUCCCCUCCUCGCGCGCCCGAUGUCGCCCCUCCCCUUUUCCUGAUAACGUCCGCCACACAGGCUAGGAAUUGGCUAGGACAGUAUUCAGAUUAUGAUUAUAAUCCUGUAACUUAUCGGAUAUUUUGUUAUUCUUACUUCCUUAGUCUAGAAAUGAGACCGUUUAAGUUGUCGCGCAACGAUGUUGCGUUGCGAGUUGACAAAUUUUUGUAAGAGUAUAACCAUGUCGCCCAACUGCAGAUUUUGCUCGCGAGAGUGCUUGGAGCAGCGAGGAGAAUGGGCUGCGCGCGAAAGAAUCUCCUGCUUGCGAUAAUUCGCUCACGGGCAGCGCACUAGAUACCGAGAAAAGUUUGUAUCGCGAGUGGGUGGGUUAAGAGAAAGUAGUUCUGAUCUGUCUCCUCUCAAAAGUGUGUUAACUCGCCAAUGAGGUGUUACAAGGUAGAAAUUAGUUUUCAGGAAAUACUUUCCUUCUUAUUUCGUCUGAAGGAAUAGUUACAUGGCCCUUCAUUUAUACCAGUUAACGUAAAUAAUGUAACACGCAGUAGUCAAAUUUAAAAAAAAUCCAGCCAUUAACUAGUACGGUACUGGGCCUCUUCAUUGCCAGUUUUGAUCAACUUGUAGCCUGCUUCAGACGUUGGGAAAGUAGAGUGCGGCGGAAAAUCAGAGAGCGGAGAAAAGUAAGGGGGUGGGGGGAGAGAGAGCAGGGAAUUCGCUCUCACUUCCUACUCCACCUCCUUGCUGGGUUCUUGCUCUUCCUCUUUGUCUCGUCCCCACAAACUAAAUGCCUGAAACAUGCUAGUCAACUUGUCACAUUGGAAGAAAAAUAGAAAAUAAAGAAGUCCACCUUAAACCGGUGACUACAGGUUACAGAAUA